CAAAAGGCGCAAAAGAGAAGCAGCAAAAACAAGCUGAUUUGUGACGGUUUGCCUGGUGUCGGUUAGAAAUUCUUAUAAACUGAAUUUUUAAUGUAAUUUUAAAAGUUUUCGCAUUGGUUUAGUGCAUUUCUUGGUGGUAAAAAUGUCCACAGCCAAGCAGCGCUCUACAAUGCCUCGGCGGACGGAGGAGUUUGACUUUUCCGGGCCACCUUCGUCGAUGAAGAAACCGCCGGCCCAACGCCUGAGUCGCAUCGCUCAACCCAUCCGGAAGCUGUCCAAGGCCAGUCUGGGUGCGGCGGCGCUGUCCGAGAACCGUCGAUCGGCGUCCACGGACCGGUUGAACGUGGUCGGAGGAACCCCGAACACGGUCCGCAAGUUGCGACCGUCGAAGCGAAGUCUGAGUGCAACUCCCGCGGCGUCCCGGACGCCGUUGAAAAGUUGCGAGAAUGCGACGUCGGUUCCGGCUACCGUUGAGAAGGACCGCCCACCGGUGGAUAAUCGCGAUUGGAUGGCGGGCCAGUGCGAGCGGAUUUGCGACUAUUUGGUGACGAUUCCGGAGCUGCCGCACGAGUUUGUUGAGCGGAGGAAUCUGAAGGCCAUGAGCACGAAGCAGUUUCUGCUGAUAAUGUCGCACUUGUUCAAGCAAAUCGGCGGCAGUCGGUACAAGAUGGGGAACAAUAAUUUUAUCGACGUGAUUAUGAAAACGAUGGCCGAGUUGGAGUACCCGUUCACGGUGAACAAGUCGAUGCUGAAGACUCCUAAUGUGCCACACUCGAUUAACCACAUUAUCGUCAUGAUUGGCUGGUUGAUUCAGCUGGCGCCGGCCGUUGACCACAAGGUGGUACCGCUCAAAACGGACGCUAAUCUGCUGGAAGAUUUCUCGUCGGCGGCGUAUCAGGAGUUCUUUUACGAGCGAACCCAGGAGGGCUUUGGCUUGUGGAAUCUGAAACGGGAGGAGGAAUUUGGUGAUGUGGUUCAGGAGCUGACCGAUCGGCUGGUGGAGGCCCGCACGAACGGGUUGAACCAGAAGCAAGUCGGCGAUCGGAUCGCCGAGCUGGAACAGGAGUUGGCGGACAUCAACAACCGAACCAUACAGCACGGUCGCGAGCAGAGCAUGGACGGUCUCGUCGGGGCCAUCAAUGAGCAAGAGAAGCUGAGGACAAAGUUAAACGAGGAGGUCAAAUCGCUUCAAAGGCAGGCCAAUAAAGCCCAAGAAGAUUACUAUCUAAAGCAGGAAGAUUAUUACGCAAAGGUGAAGAAGUUUGAAAUGCUCAAGCAGGAAGUCAACGGACAACAGCUGGCCGCCUUUGAGCGGGACGAACUAAUGAACGCCAUCUCUGCCAACAGGAGUCUCUUUACGGCAAAACGGCUUGCGGUCAGCACGCUCGAACAGGCUUCCUGUGACCACCAGAUUGCCGUUUCUCGCCUUAUCAAGCAAAAGUUCAGCCUUAUAGCAAACCUCAACACAAAGCUCCACCAGUUCGCCGACAAUCUCAAACCCCUCAUCGAAUUCGAUCCGCCCACGAUUGACCUCAAAACAGAAAAUUACACCGAACUGCUCGCAGAUCUCCAAACCAUCCAAACCCAGCUGACCGCAAUAAUGAACCAACAGUCCGCGAUGUACGCCACCAUCAGCGAGCAAAAGUCCCAGCUCGAGCACCACCUCUCCGACCUGCAAAUCCAGCACGCUUCCGUCGAAAAGGCCCUCGCCGAGAUGACCACCCGGUACGAGCACCUCCAGCAGCAGCGCGAAACCCUCAUCGGCCAGCUAUCGUCGGUUAACGCGGAAAACUCCCAAGCAUCGCACCGGAAGCAGGACGAACGGCACCAGAUGGAACGCGAGCUGGAAAAACUGCGCGAACAGUGCGAGCAGAACCGGAAGGCCGUCGAGAGGCUCGCCCAGGACAAGCAGAAGCUGAUGCUGGAAAAGCUGGAACGCUGCCAGGAGAUGCUGCGCGAGAAGAAGGACUUUGUGGCGGAGAUCACGGCGCAGGUCGAGGAGAUUGAGGCGGUGAUGGCGGGUGUGGAGCGCGAGUUGGGACCGGAGGAGUGAGUAGAGUGUGUUGUGUGUUUUAUGUGUGUGUGUGUAUUUUGAAUAUACGUGCCGUAUUUUGGGUGCUA